UUUGAAGAUGCAGAGAGUUAACUUGCCAGGGAGUGAUUUGAAUGUGUCCCCUAUCUGUCUGGGCACCUGGCAGUUCAAUGGCGGCCAGGUUGGUGGAGACAAAACUUGGGGAGCGAUGUCCGUGGAGGAAUCAAGGAAAAUAUGGGACAAAGCACUGGAGACUGGUAUAAACUUUAUAGACACUGCUGAGGCAUACCUGAACUCCCAUUCUGUUCUGGGGCAGAUAAUGGACCCCAGUAAGAGAAGAGAUAUUGUACUAGCCUCCAAGGUGGGCAAUGGAAAAGGCGCAAAUAGUGCGCCAUACACUGCUGAAGACAUUGACCAAGCCGUUACGACCAGUCUAGAAAAGUUAAAGACAGAUUAUAUUGAUUUGUACCAGGGCGACUCCACUUACCCAACGAAAUGA